AUGGUAUUAUACAAUUUGGGGGAAUUUAUAAGAUAUACCUUGGAAGAAGAAAAAUGGAAGUACCGGGAUUAUUUGUACACUGGGAAUAGAGUCACUGAUACAUUAUUUAACGAAGUUUUCACUCCUCCAAAUCCUUCAUGUCUUUCUGAACCUUUACUUUUACUUGUCUCUUUCAAAGUAUUAACACACUUCAAAGACAACAGUAACAAUAUGUUCUCUGUCUCUCACUGUCGCUUGGCCCCAUCAGCAUUCUUGUUCCUUUUACUUCUGCUUUGCAGUUGUGGGGUUCACGCCGCGUACUCAGAGACGUUGGCGAAGUCUGCGCUGUACUUUUCAAAGGCCUCAUACUGCGAUGUUCCAUCUAUUGACAACUGGAGCUGUGAAUCGUGUCAUAAGCUUACUUCGUUCCACGUGACGAAGGUGUUUACGAACCACUCGUACGGUACCUUGGCGUACAUGGGUGUCAGCGAAGACCGCAUUGUGAUAAGUUUCCGUGGAUCCGAGAAUAUACCCAACUGGAUAUCUAAUAUGAAGUUUGGGAAAGAAACAUAUCCAAAUGCCACAUGUAAGGGUUGCAGUGUGCAUAUUGGGUUUUACCAUUCCUUCUUAUCACUGCGUAAUGAGAUGUGGGUGGAGCUGCAGCGGCUGGUUGCCGAAUACCCCCGCCGCCCAGUCCUCAUCACCGGCCACAGUCUUGGCGGCGCCAUGGCGGUCCUCGCGGCGGCGGACUUCGCGGCGCAGGCGUACGCCACCGGUACAGUGCCGCAGUUCGAACUGUACACGUUCGGUGCCCCGCGCGUGGGAAACGAUGCGUUCACGGCGUGGAUGGCCGCACUGUUCUGCAGUGGCAAACACGAGGCGUACCGCGUCACACACAAUCGUGAUGUGGUGCCCCAUCUUCCACCAAUGCUUUUUGGCUUUGAACAGACUGCGGGGGAGGUUUGGUACAGUGGUGACGGUGAAGGGAACUACAGAACCUGCAGUGAUGUGACGGGAGCCAACUGUUCCUCAGAGAAAGUGGAGGAGGACUCCAAGUGCAGCAACAGCCUUUAUCCCAUUUCUGUGUCUGACCAUCUGGAAUACCUGGGUGUGUGUACCUCGUGCUCGUGCCGAAAGAGGAGAACCAGAAGUCUUGAGGAGGCGAAUGAGCUCUCACCAAGGUUGAAGUGGCUGGUGAUCCUUGACCACAUGUACCAACAUGGGGGAAAAGGUGGCAACACACAGAUUUUCGCUGACUUUAUGAGUGGUUUCAUGGACAAGGAUGCAACAAAGUAG